AUGCUUACUGGAGUCCUCACAGUCGCACUCAUGGCGCGGCCUGUCGCUGGUAUGCGCAAGCAAAGCGUAGUCAUCACCCUUCCAGGAUCACCAAAGGGUGCAAAGGAGAAUCUAGAAGCUGUCCUCAAACUCCUACCACAUGCUUGCAUUCAAGCAGCUGGCGCAGAGUCCAGACCUUUGCACGUCGGUGGGGUGAAGAAACUUGAACAGGAAGCUGGCGUCUCCUCAGAAGGGAAGGCUACUACAGGUGCAGGAGGUGGUCAUCACCAUCACGGAUGCGGUCACUCCCACGGCCACGGUGGCCAUUCUGGACCCAAGGCGCACACCAAGCCAGAAGAACGGCCACAGUCAAACGACCCAUCCGCUGGGCCGAGCCGCAGAUACCGAUCUUCGCCAUAUCCCAUGUUGCCCGUAGAUGAUGCACUCAAACUCAUUACAGAGAAGAUACCAAAUCCUAUUGUCGAGCGUGUACCUGUAGACAUAAAACUUGCCGGCUCAGUCAUCGCGGAAGAUGUCAAGGCCAAAGAAUCUGUCCCAGCGUUUCGUGCUAGUAUCGUAGAUGGGUACGCAGUCAGAGUACCCAAGGAAGCAGGGUUCAAGAAGGGCGUAUACCCCGUGGUAGGCAUCUCGCAUGCCCAGGCUAGUGAUGGAGCAGCAGAACUAAAGGAAGGAGAGUGUGCGAGAAUCACGACUGGUGCACCACUUCCUCCUGGCGCCGAUGCCGUAGUCAUGGUAGAAGACACAGUGCUCAAGAGCAUGACCGAAGACGGGCAGGAAGAGAAAGACAUUGAGAUUCUCGCAGACGGUAUCGAAAUUGGUGAGAACGUGCGAGAAGUUGGCAGUGACGUACAAUCUGGCGAGACUAUUCUUCGCAAGGGCGAAGGCAUCACCAUGGUUGGCGGCGAGUUCGGUCUCCUCGCUUCUGUAGGGACGAAAGAAGUUGCAGUCUAUCGACGCCCAGUAAUUGGUGUUCUCAGCACUGGCGAUGAAAUCAUCCCCCACGACCGCGAAGGUCCCCUUCGACUCGGAGAAGUGCGCGACACCAAUCGGCCCACCCUCAUCACCGCAGCACAAAGCCACAGGUUUGAAGUUGUUGAUUUGGGAAUCGCUUCGGACAAGUACGGCAUCUCCCCGUAUCUACCCACCAUCCAUCCCUUUCUCUGA